CCGUGCAGCCGCAAUCGCGUCCCCCGGCAGCGCUGGGAGCAGCGCCGGGAGGGCCGGGAGGGCCGAGGCCACAGCGCGAUGCUCGCCCGGCAGCUGCUGCGGCCCCGCGGGCUCAGCGCAGCAAUGCCUGCUCCCGAGGCUGUCCCGCUGCCAUCCCCCAGCAAGAGGCAGAAGGGCUCGGGGCCCGGGGAGCCAGAUGGGCGGCUCCGCUUCGCCAAGCUGUCUGACAACGCCGUCACCCCCUCCAGGGGCUCUGCUCGGGCCGCGGGCUACGAUCUCUACAGUGCGUAUGACUGUGUGAUACCACCCAUGGAAAAGGCUGUAGUGAAAACAGACAUUCAAAUUGCACUUCCUUCUGGAUGCUAUGGCCGAGUAGCACCGCGUUCUGGUUUAGCUGCAAAGCACUUCAUAGAUGUUGGUGCUGGUGUAAUUGAUGAGGAUUACAGGGGAAAUGUUGGUGUGGUACUCUUCAACUUCGGCAAGGAAGCUUUUCAAGUUAAAAAAGGGGAUAGGAUUGCCCAGCUCAUCUGUGAACGCAUUUUCUAUCCUGAGCUAGAAGAAGUUCAAGCUCUAGAUGAUACAGAACGUGGCGAAGGUGGCUUUGGUUCUACUGGAAAGAACUGAAAAUUAUUUGAAUACGAUUUCUAUAUUUUUUUUUUAUGCUAUUUAAAUUUUCAUUAGAAGUAGGAGUUUGGAGAAUGUAAAAAGUUUUAUUCAGACUUCUCUCCCUCUGUUCUGUCUAGUUUUACAGGCAGUGAAUUCAUCCGCAUUAUGGGGAAGAUAUGCAUGACUGACCCGAUUAAUUAGUUGGAGUAUUUCUUAUUUCUACAUGUUCAGUCCUCACUGGCAAGAACUUCGUUGUUUAUGUGCUGAUUAUGCCAUAAUAAAUUAAAAAAAA